AUGGGCCAUGGGGGACCGCUACCAGUCGGAGUGCCUGUGGCUACGGGCGGUGGUUUCAAGAGGAAGCAGACGAGCGCAAAUCCGCCGCCGAGGAAUUAUGGUUGUCCGGCUUGCCCUGCCAGCUUCUCUAGGAGGCAUGACCUGAACAGACACUCACGCAUUCACCUGGCGGUGAAACCCUUUGGCUGUCCCAAUUGUCAGAAGACAUUCAGCCGCAAAGACGCUCUCAAGCGCCAUCUCAUGGUCAAGGGCUGUGGGAAAGACGCCGAGGGCAAGCCGCGCAAGAGGAGAGGCAGGAAGAGCAAUGCCGAAAAGGCUUCCGAGGCCGCUGCUCUGCGAAGCGCCAACGGUGGAGCCGGACUAGGCAUCAGGAACGAUGGCGAUGGCUCAAUGGGCAUGGAUGAAGAUACUGGCGAUUAUGAAGGAGAGGACGAUGAUGAAUCUGAUGACGAGGAGGGGCCAGAGGGAGAGGGAGAAGAGGGAGAAGAAGGCGCAUCUGGAGGAGGUAGUCGGUCACCGGAGGGUCAGGGUGCUCGUAGCGGAGUCUACGCCCAUCCUGGACAGGGUGGCAUGAUGAGCUUUGGCGACAUGGGAGCCGCCUGA